CAGGCAAACUCCGGUCACCCUGGUAUGCCCAUUGGUAUGGCCCCCAUCACCCAGGUGCUCUUCUCCAAGUUCUUCAAGAGCUCCGCAAAGGGUCACCCAUGGAUCAACCGUGACCGAUUCGUCCUCUCCAACGGUCACGGCUGUGCUCUCCAGUACAUCAUUGCCCACCUGCUCGGCUACGACCUGUCGAUGGACGACCUGAAGGCAUUCAGGCAGCUCGACUCCAAGACCCCCGGUCACCCCGAGGCUGGUCACCACACCCCCAUGGUUGAGUGCACCACCGGCCCCCUUGGUCAGGGUAUCUCCAACGCCGUCGGUCUCGCCAUUGCCGAGGCCAACGCCGCUGCCACCUUCAACAAGCCCGGAUUCGAGCUCUUCAACAACAAGACCUACGCUUUCCUCGGUGACGGAUGCCUGCAGGAGGGUAUCUCCUCUGAGGCUUGCUCUCUCGCUGGUCAUUUGAAGCUCGGUAACCUGAUCUGCAUUUACGACGACAACCACAUCUCCAUCGACGGUGACACAGCCUGCUCCUUCACCGAGGACGUCGAGCAGCGAUACCUUGCUUACGACUGGCACGUCAUCUCCGUCAACGACGGUGACAAGGACUUCGAGGGCAUGUACAAGGCCCUCGAGGAGGCACAGAAGGUCACUGACAAGCCCACCCUGAUCCGACUGAAGACCACCAUCGGUUUCGGUUCGCUGAACCAGGGUGGUGCCGCCACCCACGGUGCCCCGCUCAAGGCUGACGACAUUGCUCAGCUCAAGAAGAAGUUCGGCCUGGACCCCGAGCAGUUCUUCCACGUGCCCCAGGAGGUCUACGACGAGUACCACAAGAUCCAGCAGAGGGGUGCCGGAUACCAGAAGGAGUGGGACUCGCUCUUCGAGCAGUACAAGGGCAAGUUCCCUACUGAGCACGCUGAGCUGGCCCGCCGAAUCUCUGGCAAGCUUCCCGACGGAUGGGAGAAGGCUCUCCCCGUCUACUCUCCCUCUGACUCGGCCGUCGCCACCCGAAAGCUCUCCGAGACUGCCCUCUCGAAGCUGGCCGCUGCUCUCCCCGAGCUCCUCGGUGGUUCCGCCGACUUGACCGGCUCCAACCUGACCCGAUGGUCCGACGCCGUCGACUUCCAGAACCCCACCUCCAAGCUGGGUGACUACUCUGGUCGCUACAUCCGUUACGGUGUGCGUGAGCACGCCAUGGGUGCCAUCAUGAAUGGUCUCCACGCCUACGGUCUCCACAUCCCUACCUCUGGUACCUUCUUGAACUUCGUCUCGUACGCCAUCGGUGCCGUUCGUCUCUCUGCCCUGUCCAACUUCCGUGUCAUCUGGGUCGCCACCCACGACUCGAUCGGACUCGGUGAGGACGGACCUACCCACCAGCCCGUAGAGACUGGUAUGGCUCUGCGUGCCAUCCCCAACCUGAACUUCAUGCGCCCAGCCGACGGAAACGAGGUCUCGGCCAUGUACAAGGUUGCCAUUGAGGCUAUCAAGACCCCCUCGGUCAUUGCCCUCUCCCGACAGAACCUUCCCCAGCUGGAGGGCUCGACCAUCGAGAAGGCUUCCAAGGGUGGUUACGUCCUCAAGGAGGUCCAGAAUGCCGACAUCACCCUCGUCGCCACUGGUUCCGAGGUUGCCAUUGCCCGUGACGCUGCUGCCGAGCUGGAGAAGAAGGGCAUCAAGGCCCGUCUGGUGUCGCUGCCCUGCUUCAAGGUCUUCGACGACCAAUCCCUCGAGUACCGCAAGUCGGUCCUGCCCAGUGGAGCACCCAUCCUGUCCGUUGAGGCCUACACCACUCUGGGCUGGCACAAGUACGCUCAUGUGCAGCACGGUCUGAACACCUUUGGAGCUUCUGCACCUGCUCCUCAAGUCUACAAGAAGUUCAAGCUGGAGCCAGUGCCCAUUGCUGAGAAGGCCGAGAAGGUCAUCGACUACUACAAGAAGCAGGGUACCCCGCUGGUCAGCCCCAUUGAGCUGGCUGCUGCCUUUGAGUAGAUUUUGUUCGUCCAGCACGGCACAGUUGACAAGGAAAGAGGGGGUGUGCGAAGUGAGAUGAGAUGAGAUGAGAAGAGGAUUGGCGGAUAGGAAUGGAUGGAUAGAUUGGGCCACGGAUGGAGUUCAGAAGACUCCCCCGCCCCGCCCCACCCCACCCCACCCCACCCCUUUUGCGACGAGAUACAUUGUCCCUCUCCCCCUCCCUCUCUCUAUCUCUUCUCGACUCUUGCCUUUCCCUCUUUUCUGAGUUGACUGGCUGGAUGGAUAUAUGGAUGGAUGGCUUGUACCAAAGGAGAAAAAAGGGGAAAAAAGAUCUGAUAGUGUUUUUGCUGCGUAGCGUAAUUAGAAGUUUCCUUUCGAUUGAUUCUGAGGAUUUGAGGAUUUUGAGGAUUUUGAGGAUUUUGAGGAUUUUGAUUUUGAGGAUUCUUCUGAUCUGAUCUGAUAGAAUAGUGAAUAGUGUGGAUUCCGCAAGGGAAAGGGC